AACCGGCGCGUCUCAUCUCUGCAUCGCCCGCUGUUGGCUUGACCCUUGCCCGCCCCAUUCACUUGUUUGGCAACCAUGAGCGACCAUCUGUUUUGGGUUGAUCUGGAGAUGACCGGCCUCGAUCUCGAGAAGGACCACAUUAUCGAAGUUGCGUGCAUCAUCACCGAUGCUCAGCUGAACAUCGUUGCCCAGGGCCCGCAUCUGGUGAUUCACCAGCCCAAGCAAGUCAUGGAUGCAAUGAACGAAUGGUGCAUCCAGCACCAUGGAGCCUCGGGCCUUACCCAGGCCGUGCUCGAGUCCACGACGACAAUUGAAGAAGCCCAGAGCGAGGUCCUCGCCUUUGUCAAGUCGCACUGCUCAAAACCCCGGGUGCUGCCGCUCGCUGGCAACUCGGUCCAUGCCGACAAACAGUUCAUCCAAAAGGAGAUGCCUCAGCUGGCCGAGCACCUGCACUACCGCAUCGUAGAUGUCUCGACCGUCAAGGAGCUCUGUCGCCGCUGGUACCCGGAGGCCUUUGCUGCUGCCCCUCCCAAGCGUGCGGGUCAUCGCGCCCUCGACGAUAUCAUCGAGAGCAUCGAGGAGCUCAAGUACUAUCGCCGGGCUAUUUUUACGGCGCUUCCAAAAUGAAAUGGGACACUCCUGUUUUUGAGCCAUGACAGUGUGUUUUUCUGGAACCUGAAUACACCCACCCACUCAUCGCA